AUGAAAAGCGCAGAAUAUAUAAAAGCUAACAAUGACUGGUUAGAUGCCCAAGCCAACGCUAAAGCAGCCCAACUCAUAGGGUCAAUAAGGACAAAAAUACAAGCGGAUGAAGACAGUUCAAAUGAAGCUUUAACGAAUGCUGACUUUAAGAACGCCUUCGAAGCUCUUCAUAGUAAGGUGAAACAAGUGAACGAUUUCUCAUCUGGAAAGAAACUGAAGUCUGAAGGUUUCGACAAAGAGUUAAAAGAAGUAGCACAAAAUAUGACGAAAAUAACAGAUACAGCAACGAGACAGGCAGUUCAAAGUGCCUAUGACGCCGUUAGAGCAACUGUUGUGAAAAGUCAAGAAAAAGAGUUACAACAGACCAAAACAGACCUAGUAAAUGCUUUCUUAAAAACGAAAAGUCAGGUAGGACAUUACGCUGCAGAUGGAACAUAUGUGCCAGCUGGUGGAACUUAUAUACCACCAAACCCUCCAAGAGAAGCACCUGCACCAGGACUACCUAAAACAUUUACAUCGUCACAUGGACAUAGACACAGGCAUGCACCAAAACCAACACAACAACCAACAGUUCAAAACCCUGCACAACAACAACAACAACCAACACAACAACCAACAGUUCAAAAUCCAGCACAACCAACAGUUCAAAACCCUGCACAACAACAACCACAAACAGAGCAAGGACAUAAAAGAAGUAGAGAACAAGGAAACCAAGAAUUCUUAAAAAUGCUUAAAGAAGAGUGUGGUUUCCCAGAUACUGUUGACUUUAGUGACAGAUAUAAAGAAGCUAUUGGAAAGUUCAAGGAUGGAAAUACUGACCCGAACCUAUUUAGCUUUAUGGCUCAGCACCAAAACGGAUAUAAUCUCAAACCUGGAAAAUACAAGCUCGCUAAGGGAUAUGAUUUAAUAGCAUAUCAUCCAAAUGACAUGGAUGAAUUUACUCCGAGAUAUUUGAUGUCAGAGCUAAAUGACAAUUCAACUUUCGUCAUGAAACGCGUAAAAAAUAGAGACGGAACGAAAGAACAAAAGCUUAUGAAUGCGGAUGACGUAGAUAGGGAAAUUGUUGAAAACGGUCUCGGAAUAUAUGAAAUGCCACCAGAUGAGGUACAAGAAACUCCACAGGAAGAACUA